CUCACAUGCAAUGUGAUUGCAGGUGACUCCGAGUCCGUUUGAGGAGCUAAGCUCAGCCUGAGGCUUAAAGUUGGAAGUUGAUCAGGAUGGGCUGUCUCAGCCUCACACCCUUUUCUCAACAGCGUGUUGGCUAGGUACUUGUUCAGACGAAUGGAACUUCUCAGCCUCAGGCUUUGAGUGAAGCAUUCUGAAGGGCAGAACCUUGCGAUGUUUCAUCUUUUAAAGAUCACUGCUGCGAGUGUUCACUUCACGACAAAUGGAGCGGAUCCUGAGGACUGCAAGGCUUUCAGGGACUCUCAAUCUGAGCGGCAGAGAUCUAAGCUCUGUUCCUGAUGGUGUCUACCAGAUACAGGCUACAAUUGACCCUGAUGAGAAGUGGUGGGAGGUUGUGGACCUCCAGAAGUUGACACUGUCGCACAAUGUUAUCAGUGUUCUGGAUGAUUCACUUGGUGGGCUUGUUACCCUGACCCUACUGGACCUAAGUCACAAUAAGCUGACAAGCCUUCCAGCUACAAUUGGCAGUAUUCAAGCGUUGAAGUCAUUGGACGUCAGCAACAAUUCUUUGACCUGCCUGCCUGAAAGUUUGAGCGAGCUUGCAAGCCUUGUGAGGUUGUCUUGUGGGUCAAACCAGUUAACCGCACUCCCCAACAACCUUGGGCGUUGUUCGGAGUUGGUAGAAUUCAAGGUCCCAAACAACCGCUUGGCCGCGCUCCCUGCCAACCUGCACCAUCUUUCAAAGCUGAUGACUCUCGAUCUUGAGGGCAAUCUGCUUCCUUCCUUACCUGACGGGAUCUUCGCUGGCCUACUGUCGAUGACUGAUCUCAACAUCUCCAAGAAUGUUCUGGCUUCGGUGCCCGCUAGCAUGGGAGCCCUGUCUUCCUUGACGCGAUUGGAUCUCCGACAGAACAAAUUGACGACUCUUCCACUGGGCCUAGGAAGAUGUGCGAAGCUGGCCGAGCUAUAUUUAGGGCUUAACAAUCUGCAGCAGCUGCCCGAAGAUUUUGCCAGCCUAUCAAAGCUGAGCACGCUGGACGUACGGGACAACCAGUUAGGGGAGUACCCAGCCGCCUUGUGCUCUCUCGGUUUGUCGUUGCUGGACUUGAGCAACAACGAUCUGUCGGGGCUGCCCGCUGAACUUGGCUUCAUGACGAGCCUUCGGCGGCUGGUUCUGGACGGGAACGCCCUGCGCUCUCUCCGAAGUUCACUGGUCAGCGGGCCAACGUCCAACCUGCUGGCCUAUCUUCGUAGCCGAGUCGCUUCGGAAGAAGAUCGCAAAGAGGCCCCCAAGGCAAGCUCCGGCAACAUUUUUGCAGCAGACGUCUCGCAACAAUCAGCAACUGCCGCCAGAACUGCUGCCAGCAGUGGGGUCCUGUCGUUGGUCGAUAAGGGCUUGACGGAAGUACCCUCGGAAGCCUGGGAGGUUGGCGGGUCCAUCACGACGCUCGACUUGAGCCGGAAUAAGAUCAGCAGCCUCCCAGGGGAACUGCGAGCCUGCACGGCCCUGACUGGGCUGCUCUUGUCCGACAACGCGUUCAUCGAGUGGCCGGCGCCAGGUCUUUCUGGCGUCCCGACCUUACGGACCCUCUCGCUCGCUCGCAACCCGCUCCGAGUGCUGCCUGAUGACGCGUUCCGCUUGGCUUCCCUGCAAGCGCUCCGAUCGCUGGACCUGACGGGUACACGAGCGGCACUGCCACCUGGGCCGGCCUUGUCAUGCUUGUCCCAUCUCGAAGAACUUCGUCUGGGGCAGACGAACUUGCAGGACAUCCCGUCCGACCUGGCGCAGCUGACUGCCUUACGGAUACUGGAUGUCAGCCAGAAUCGGCUCACCGUCGUGCCAGAGUUCCUCGGUGGCAUGACGUCCCUUGAGGAGCUGGACCUGAGCAACAACAACAUCUCUGCGCUCCCCCCGCAACUGGGCCUUCUAGAGUCAUCAUUGCGGUCGCUUAAAGUGGAGGGCAAUCCCCUACGAACAAUCCGGCGUGCCGUGCUGGAUCGCGGAACAAAGGCCCUAUUAGAGUAUUUGAAGGAUAAGAUUCCUUGUUAGCGCUGAAGCGCAAGCUGCAUCGUGUGGAAUGCUAAGGAGUUGAGUAGGCCUUGAUCCAUACCCAACAGUGCCCAGUCGCAGUGAUCUAGAUUGCUGCCUUUGAGUAACGAACAAAGGGGCAGCUACGAGUUCCAAGCUGUAAUGUACACAAGGUGAAAUGCAAUCGAGCUGCUAUAUCCUUGUGUCUAUUCGCCAGCUCAGGCUCGACCCUAUGUCAGCAUGUCGAACCGACGUCGGCUCCAAAGAACUGCCUUGUACAUG